CCGGGCGCGGACGCCGAGGAGCGUUGGGGCGCCCGUCUGCCCUGUCCUUGAGCUCUGCGUUUGGGGCAGCCGGCAUCACACUUCUCACUGGCCUCCUACUCUCUGAGCAGAGCAUCGGAAGGAGCUAUGGAUCCUGCAGCACUGGUGGAAGCGAUGGUGGAAGAAGUGGCCUGUCCCAUCUGCAUGGCCUUCCUGAGGGAGCCCGUGAGCAUCGACUGUGGCCACACCUUCUGCCACAGCUGUCUAUCCAGACUCUGGGAGGUCCCAGCAGAAUCCCAAGAAGCGGACUGCACCUGUCCUGUCUGCCGAGCUCCUGUCCAGUCAAGGAGCCUACGACCCAACUGGCAGUUGGCCAGUGUUGUAGACAAAGUCCGCCUGCUGGGGCUACAUCCAGGAUUGGGGCUCAAGGGUGACACGUGUGAGCCUCACGGGGAGCAGCUAAAGAUGUUCUGCAAAGAGGAUGGCCUGAUGAUGUGUGAGAUCUGCAGCCAGGCCUCAGAACAUGAAGCCCACUGUGUCGUGCCCAUAGAGGAUGUCGCUUGGGAAUAUAAGUGGAAACUCCACGAGGCUCUGGAACAUCUGAGGAAGGAACAGGAGGAAGCCUGGAAGUUGGAAGUCAGUGAGCGGAAGCAGGCUGCCGACUGGAAGAUACAGGUGAAAACCCAAAAGCAGAAUAUCAUGUGGGAAUUUGAGAAAUAUCAGCGGUUACUACAGGAAAGACAGCCACCAGGUCCCAGACUGGAAGAAGAGUUAGCUGCAGCUCUGGCCAGCCUAGAGCAGGAGAAGGGGGAGACCAUGGAGAAACUGGAGCGGAAUUAUGAAAAGCUCACCCAGCAGAGCCGAGUCCUGGGGAGGAUGAUUGCGGAGCUGGAGGAGAGGGCUCAGAGGCCCGUCCGCUGGAUGCUGCCGGGUAUUCAGGAAGUCUUAAACAGGAGCAAGUCUUGGAUCCUUCAGAAGCCAGAAGUGGUCUCCUUGGAGCUACAGACGGGUCGCUGUGUGCCAGGGCUUAGGGAGAUCCUCAAGACAUAUGCAGCUGACGUGCGCUUGGAUCCAAAUACUGCUUAUUCCUACCUCGUUGUGUCUGAGGAUAGGAAGCGCGUGCACUAUGGAGACACCAAACAGAAUGUACCUGACAAUCCGGAGCGAUUUUACCGCUACAAUGUUGUCCUGGGCAGCCAGUGCCUCUCUUCUGGCCGGCACUACUGGGAGGUGGAGGUGGGAGACCGUUCUGAAUGGGGUCUGGGAGUGUGUAAGGAGAAUGUAGACCGGAAGGAGGAGGUCUACUUGUCCCCUGACUAUGGAUUCUGGGUGAUAAGGCUUAGGAAUGGAAAUGAGUACCGGGCAGGCACCAAUGAAUACCCUCUCCUCUCCUUGCCAGUCCCUCCACGCCGGGUGGGAGUCUUUCUGGAUUAUGAGGCUCAUGAUGUCUCCUUCUACAAUGUGACUGAUGGUGGCGCCCACAUUUUCACUUUCCCCCAUGCUUCCUUCCCUGGGCGCCUCUUGCCCUUUUUUAGUCCUUGCUAUAGCAUUGGAGCCAAUAACACUGCUCCCUUGGUGAUCUGCUCCCUGGAGAAAGAAGACUAA